UGCACACACAUAUAUAAGCCUAAACCUAAAUUUUUUGAGAUAUUUGACACAUAUAAACCUAAACACAAAUUUUUUGAGAUAUUUGUAGAUUGGAGAGAGAGAGAGAGAGAGAGAGAGAGAGGAUCUUUGCCUUGGGCACUAAAAAACCCAGCUGUUUUAGAUCACGACAAGCGAUGGAUUGUAGUGGUCACUGAUCACCGUGUACCUACUAGUGAAAGUUGCUCCUAUGAUCACACUACCAUUCAAAGAAUUUCUUGUAGGUUCUUCAAGGAGUCAAUGCUAAGCAUAAUUGAACAGGCACCCAUAUUUUUUUAAGCAAACUCAGAAUCAGUAUGCCGGGUUUUGCUUCAAAUGCCAAUGUUGGAGCCAAUUGGGUAAAGAAUGACAUUUCCAAGCCUAGUCAGCCUGCCUCAGAUUAUUCAGACGACGAAAUUUCCUUGAACAAUGGAGAGGAAGGACUGGAAUGCCCAAUAUGCUGGGAAUCCUUCAACAUCGUCGAGAAUGUGCCCUAUGUUUUAUGGUGUGGUCAUACCCUCUGCAAAAAUUGUGUCCUAGGGCUCCAAUGGGCUGUUGUGAAACUUCCCACUUUACCCAUGCGGCUUCCAUUUUUCAUUUCUUGCCCAUGGUGCAACCUACUAUCCUUCAGGUGGGUACACAAAGGGAAUCUCAAAUUCCCCCGGAAAAACUUCUUCCUCCUCUGGAUGGUCGAGAGCAUGAACGGUCAUAGAUUGAAAUCUCAUUCUCAGCUCUGUGGUGAUCAUCAAUCACCCAAUCAUGGUAGACAGGCAAACCAUAGCCGUGCUCCUUGUGUUCAUCUCCCAGAGCAGCUGGAUUCGGACCAUGAUCCGGGUAGUAUUGUCAGAAGCUUCCUCAGUGCAGAAAGAGUCCACUUAUCUCUUCGUAAGUCGGUAAUAUUCUUUGUUCACUUGACAGCCAAAUUCCCAUUGGUGAUCGUGUUUCUUGUUAUCGUCUUGUAUGCAAUACCCACCAGUGCAGCUAUCUUGGCCCUGUAUAUUCUCAUCACUGUUUUGUUUGCUCUCCCUUCUUUUUUGGUGUUGUUCUUUGCAUAUCCUAGUUUGGAUUGGCUGGUUAGGGAAAUCAUCAAUUGAGUUGGGGUACAACAGCACUCUCAUCUUUGUCAACAUACCUUUUUUGAUUUUUGGAACUUGAGGAGAUUUGCAUUGUUAGUUUUUUUUUUCCUUGACACUGAAACAUUGUCAUCAAACAAAUCAAAUGUUUUUGCACAUGAAAUGAUAUCGGAGGAGAUUUCAAUGCUCCUAGGAUGGCUUCGACAUGAUGUUCCUUUAAUCGAUUGAACAAUUAGUAGUGGGAUUGUGUAAUGGCUGAGCUAUUGCAGGAAAAUUGUUGAAUUGUCUUUGUUGUACUUGUAUUUUUUCUAAUAAUAUCAUAUGAGUUGAAUAUCCA